AAAACACUCGUGAGUGUGGUGAAGGCUAGGGACUUUCCAGUAGAGUCGGAUGCUAACAAGCUUGUUAACUCAUGUUGCAUAAGUUACAGAAUUGACGAGAAGCCUAUCGCUUUGGGGGCUGAUGAGGACUAUCCCGCGUGGUUGUGGAACUUGCACGUAGACAGAAAGCCAAGGCCUAUUGCCGAAAUUGACAUAAAUUCUUAUGCAUAUUGGCGAAGAAUCAGGAAAGAAACAUUGAAGUAUUGGAACAGCCUAGCAAAGAUAGAUGGGUGGCAUAGGAAGGAUCACAAAGAAACCUGCAACCAUGCUGAAAAAUUUUAUAAAGAGUGGUCUCAAAUUCUUAGACGCGAUAGCUGUUGA